AUGUCGCGGCGUCCCGUCGUGUGGUUGUUGAUAGUGGCGGCGGGUUUGUUGACGGCGGAGGCGGCCAGUUUGAAGCUGCGACAGAAGCACUAUGAGGUCAAGAAGACGAGGAAUGAAGGAGUGACGAAAGAUGGGGGAAUUGCAAAAAAUGAAGGCUCAAAAUUAUGGGUGGGAAAGUACUUGCGGAUCAUGACCUUCAACACUUGGAAUAUGGGAGUCUUCAUCAACGAUGGGCUGAAGAAAAUCGCCAAACACAUUGCGCUGAAUGAUCCGGACAUUGCCGGCUUGCAGGUGGGUAAUAUUGGGUUGAGGAGGCACCCAAAAAUAUUUUUAAAUUUGGCUCAGAAUCGGCGAAGUUUUCGAAAAAAUCUGUUUUUAGCCUACGCUUUGCGGAAAAUUAAAAAUUUUUUUGAUCGAAGAUUGUCGAAAUUCAGUGUCAUUUAAAAACAGAGUAAAAAAAUUUCCUCCAAAAAAUCAAUUUCUUCCACGCGCAAUUGGCAAAGAUAUGGCCAAAAAAGCGUAUUUUUCUCUAACCACUCUCCCCAUUCCUCGUAUUCUCUCGCAAAAAAAUAUUAGUUGAAAAUCUUGGGUCCCUCCACAUAAGCUAAACCUUUUAGGAAUUUGGCAUAUCGCCUAUUUAUACUAAAUACCCCAAAUUUCACGAAAUACUUGGGCCGUAACUUUGGCAAAGUUACAGUUUUUUUCUCACCCCCUUUUCUCUCUGACUCAUUGUUAUAGGAAGUCCGAGCUCGAGACCAAGUGGAAGCAGUGGUCAAAUUCCUCAACGAAGACAGGAUUUAUCGAUGGUCGUACGUUUAUGUGGACAGGUGGAACUGUGCCAUUGUUACGAAACAUCAAGUAAGUUUAUAGUUUAAAAUACGGCACUCGUAAUCCUCUAUGGCAAAAAUAGGCAUGAAACUUUUCGUGCCGAAAAGUUUCAUGCCUAUCUCUAAAAAGUGGAGAGCACAAACUAAACAAAAACAAUUUUCGUAUGUUUUUCAGCUCAAUGAGAGCACGUUGGUCACCGUUUAUUCCGGCGUUGGCGUUCAAGUCAUCCUGGAUAGCAAGCGCAAAGUCACCAUCUACUCGUUGCACAUGGACUACACCGACUACGGACCGUACGCCCUGAUGUAUCGACAAAUGAAUGAUGUUGCGAUUGUGGACUACGGCGAAUGUCAUGGAUACUGGAGUAGGGACAUUUUUGAUAUUUUUUGAGCCAAUGUUGAGGCUAUUAAAUAAACACAAAAUGUCUCAAUUUCUUUCAGCUCGCUGUGCGAACGCGAAAGAGCUGGUCGGCAGUGCGCCUUUUAAGGCAGCCUUGGACCGCGUGGAUACGGAGCCAGUCUUUGUGGUCGGCGACUUCAACUCCCCAUCGCAUUUGGACUACACGGAAGCAACAAGGUUAGUACUAGUCGUUCCAGAGCGUAGACUUUUUCCGCGACGCACAGUGCAUUUUUCCACUUUUUGCACUGUGCAGUGUCUGUCGCACGAGUCAAAAGUGAAUUGCGACGAAGCCGAAAAACCUUGCGCCGCGACGAUUUUUCAAUUGCACGGUGCAAAAGUCAAUUGCACAGUGCGGAAAGCUUACGGCAAAAAGCUCUCACUUUUGAAGUGCAUUUUGAACUUUUUCCCAGGCUUGUCGCCAACGCACAGUGCAUUUUUCCCUUUUUGCACUGUGCAAAACAUAAAAAUUUCUUUUGCACAGUGCAUUUUGAAAUUUUUCCCACGUUUCUCGCCAACGCACAAUGCAUUUUCUCUGUUUGCACAGUGCAUCCCAGACAUUUUCCCAUGCUUGUCGCCAACGCACAGUGCAUCCUGAACAUUUUCCCACGCUUGUCGCCAACGAAAAUUGCAUUUUCUCUUUUUGCACUGUGCAAACCAUAAAAUGCCGGUUGCACUGUGCAAAUUCUUCUCGCGCGGCGAUAUUUCCGAUGCACGGUGCGAAACCAAAAAAGUGAAAGGCACAGUGCAAAAUGCGGGUUUUUUGUGCACAGUGCAGGCCGCGAUAAAAAGUCCAUGCACUUUAUGAAAAUAUUAUUUAUAAAUUUUGAUUUUUUUUGCUUUCUUCGAGCUGAAAAUUUAGGUGGUUUCUGCAAAGCGCGAUCUGAAAAAUGUCGUCUGUCUUCUUUGAACCCCCACCUAGAUGUGUCCCAAGUUUUGUUCAAAAAUUUUUUCCUUGAUCCGACCUCUCACAACUUCAAUAUAACACUUCCUUUGCAGACAUCUCCACGGCGGUUGGGUGUACCAAUGGCCGGCCACAUUUAUCCUCCAAAAUGGGACCGGCCUCAUCGACUCUUUUCGCGAGUUGUACCCGGAUCCGGUAACGCAUCCCGGCACUUCGUGGUCCACGGUGAACCAGUUCAUCGGCGGCUGGAAUUACACGAUUCCCGAGCCGCAGGACCGAAUCGACUACAUCCUGUACAGAAGUGACAACUUGAAGACGGUACGGAGUGAGCGAUACGCCGGCGACUUCCUGCCCUAUCCCAAUCCGGUGGAGGAUAACGACUGGCCUUCCGAUCAUUAUGCGUUCAUCUCGGAUUUCAAAGGAUUUUAG